GGAAGAGCAACAUUCAGCUCACCACAAGUCUGAAAAGAAUGACACAGAUACACAUCAGCAAUCAAAUGACUGGCAGAUAUCUUUUCAGUUGACAGAAUGCUGAUGAAUCACACAAACCACACAGAGGACGACCUCUUCUCCUGCUACAGUCCUUCAGUCGUGGGCUACCGCUACUUUGCUGUGCUGUGGGGAUGUGCUGUAACCAUCACUGGCACGACAGGGAACCUGAUGACCAUUCUGGCCUUCGCCUUAGACUCACGUCUGAAGACUCGCUUCAAUGUGCUCAUUGUGAACCUGGCUGUAGCUGAUCUCCUGUACUGCACCAUCCUGCAGCCCAUCUCUGUUGAUUCCUAUCUACAUCUCCGAUGGCGCGCCGGUCAGCUCUGGUGCAGGAUCUUCGGUCUGCUCCUCUUCCUCUCUAACUCUGUGUCCAUUAUCACCCUCUGCCUGAUAGCAGUGAGCAGAUACCUCCUGGUUGCAAAAAGGGCUGUGUUUGAUCGUGUGUUUUCUAACCAUGGUCUUGUUUUACUCAUAAUCUCAUCCUGGGCAUUCGGCCUGGCCAGCUUUGGUCCACUCUGGCAGGUCUAUGUGUUCGUGCCACAAGUGUGCACAUGCAGUUUCCAUCGUACCAGGGGUCGGCCCUACACCACCAUCCUGCUGUUUCUCUAUUUUUUUGCUGGUCUGGGAUGCGUCGGUGCUUUCUACCUGCUCAUUUACAGACGUGUAUUGGUUGCAUCACAGGCUCUGCUCCGCUACAGAAUCAGCCGACGAUCAUCCAGAAGGAAACCGGCAUCUUCAGCUCAAGGGACCGAUGACAGUGGUGUAGAAAGUGGUGUGGUAAAGACAUGCACCUCUGAGAUGAGCAGCCAGGCAGACCUGGCUCAAAGUACAGACGAGAUCCCAAGUGAAAAGUCAUCCAAACCCAUCCACAACUCUGCAGCAGCUUUAAUGUCUUCAACAGCCAACCACCCAACCCCUGAUAUCAUCAGUUCGCCACCUUCGAUUAAACCUGCUCCCAUCACUGCAGCUCCCUCCUCCCCCUCAUCCUCAGGAGAUGAUGAAAUUAAGCGAGUGACGCGGAUGUGUUUUACCGUUUUCAUGUGCUUUGUGUUCUGCUUUGUGCCCUUCAUGCUGCUUAACAUAGCAGACAAACACAACCGCGCCCCACAUGUACUGCACAUGCUCUGUGCAAACCUCACCUGGCUCAACAGCUGCAUCAACCCUGUGCUCUAUGCUGUCAUGAACCGACAGUUUCGACAGGCCUACCAUGUGCUGCUCACCAGGGCUGCUGCACCUUUUACCUGCUUCUGGACCAGCUGACAGACUCUGAGUUCCCCACUUCAACUUGCAUUAUUUCUUUUCUGGCCUGAAAUUAUUUUCCUGAUAUAUAAAACAGGCACAGAGCUGUUUGUAUUCAGUCAUUUUCAACUUUAAAGUGUUUUUCUUUUCUGUGUAAUUAAUCUAGUUUAUGUGACAUUACCAACAUUGUAGCUAUAUUUUCAUCACAAUUUUUUAUUUAUAUAUAUAUAUAUAUAUAUAUUUAUACUUAAAAGCAUGUUUUACAGUUGUUUGC